AUGUUCUCUAACUCCUCCUCCCGCCCCUCCAAAGAUGACAAGCCCGCCGCUGAAGUGGCCGAUAUCCCCCCUUCGAUCUCAGACCUGCACUGCUUCACCGAAACCAAUGGCGUCAUCACGACAACCAUGUUCGACAUUCCCGGGUACAGAGUCGUCCGCGUCCUUGGCGCCGUCUACGGCAUCACCGUCCGCUCGAGGAACUGGGCUGCCAGUUUCGGUAUGGUAGCGAAGAGUGUCGUGGGUGGCGAGUUGAAGUGGUUUACCAGUAUGCUCUACUCUGCGCGCAAUGACGCCAUCAGCCGGGUCGUUGCUGAGACUCAGUCCAGAGGCGGGAAUGCAGUUAUUUGUAUGCGGUUUGAUGCGGGUGAUAUGGCUGGGUUUGCGCAGUGUUGUGCGUAUGGGACGGCGGCGAUUGUGGAGAAGAUCGAUCCGAAUACCCAGACGCCGCCGCAGUUGGCGCAGCCGAUGGCUUGA